GUCGCCUCGCCUGCACAGAGAACAGGAUGCGGACUUUGGUAGUGCUAACCGUGCUGCUCGCUGCAACGUCGGCCCACGCUGGCUGGAUCGACAGCAUCACGGCCCAGAUCUCGAGUCUGUUCCAGUCAUACGAAGAGGCGCCCUACACCGUCACCGCCACGUAUGCCGGUUACGAAGAGCGCGUCUACCCCGCCCGGAAGUGGGUUUGCACUGAGAAAACGGCGCACCGAGAGGACGAUGACAUGCAGUCGAACAUGUUCUGGUAUCUUUUCCGAUACAUCUCUGGGAACAACAACAAACAGGAAAAAAUCGAAAUGACUAUCCCCGUCUCGACCGAGUACACUCAGGGGACCGCGACCAAUACGUACGAAAUGUGCUUCUACAUCGGACAGGAGCAUCAGGAUGACCCCGCCACGCCCACCGAGCAAAAGGUCACCAUUCAGGACCGCCCAGAAAUUACCGUGCUCACCAGGACUGUUGGAGGAUAUAUGGACGAUGACGAGGACUGGUUAGAGGAAGCAAGCCGCCUUGCCGAUAUCAUCAACGCAAAUGGCGAAACCGUCUCUCUCAGUCACAUGUAUUGGGUUGGCUACGACGCUCCCUUCAAGUUCUGGAACCGCCGUAACGAGAUAUGGUUCGUCAAGAACUGAAGAAGUCCGUUCGAGUUUCUAGUCCCAGAAAACUAAAUAAAGAAGAAGAAGAAAAAAACUUGGGUGGCUUACGAAGGAGAAGAAAAAGGAAUAUUGUAAGAAAAUUAAGCAGCGGCGUGGGACGAAAAGUGCAAAUCAUCGAUAACUGUUGAUUUUCAUCACAUCAUUUCAUCAUUCUCGAUUGUUUUGUGUGAAUUACGUAUAUAGAUGUGUAAAUGCAUUUUGUAAGUGAAUAAAGUAUCAUACUUAU